AUGGAUCAUCCACGCGGCUCUUCGCCACCUCCACCACCACCACCACCACAGACGAUGUCUUCUUAUCCAAGUGAAUAUAGUCGUCGUUCGCCACCACCUCCACCACCUCCACCAGGUUAUGGUUAUCGUUCAGGAGGAAGACCUUUUAGUUCACGUCCUUCGUCAUCUCGAUCUCCACCACCUCCACCUCCACCACCUGCACCUCGACGAUCAGCCAAUGACCGUUAUUAUGAAAGAGACUAUUAUUAUCGUAGCAGAUCACCUGUAGCAGCAGCAGCAGCACAUCCACAUGCAACACGUUAUUCGUCUCCACCACCACCUCCACCUCCACCAAGAUAUGCAUCGCCACCUCGACGACGUGGUGAUGAUAAUGAUGCUCCUACAUCGAGAUCACGUUCACCCGAUAGACGUAGCAGCAGAUAUCGUGAUGACUAUCCACCUCCUUCUUCAUCCUCAUCCUCUCGUUAUGAUCGCCGCUAUUAUGAUCGUUAUGAUGAUUCUCGUCGAUACGACCGGUAUGAUGAUCGACGCUAUCCUCGCUCAUCAUUGCCAAGAAGACCACGAAGAAUGGACCGUGGUUCAUCCAGAGAUCGUGAAGAGUCAACCACGCUGUUUGUUGGUAAUCUUCCUUAUGACUAUAUGGAACGAGAGGUGGCUUCCAUGUUUGAACGCUAUGGAAAAGUGAACAAGGUCACAGUCCCUGUGGACUCAGCUACUCAAAGAAACAAAGGAUUUGCAUUCGUUGAAUUCGAUCAACGACGUGAAGCCGAGGAUGCUUUUGAAAGAUUGGACAAAUUCAGUGUCGAAGGCAGGCGACUCAAGUUGGAUUGGGAUAUUGGGUUGAAAAAGAAGGAUGAAUAUCGUGGUCGUCGUUUCCAGGAUCGAGGAAGAUUGCCACCUCCUCGUUCUCCUGAUCGCUAUGCAAGUCCACCACCACCUCCCCCUCCUUUAUCAUCACCUCCACCAAGAUCACGUGAAUACAGACGAGACUCCCGAGAUCUUUAUCGUCGAUGA